UUCUGAUCUCUUUUUUGACAAAUUACUAUCUGUCUCCGUGCGAAUUAAGUAAAAUCCAAUUUUUGUUCCACUCUAGCGGGUACGCAGCAACGACUCAUUUCGAACCGACGUAUGCUCGACUAGCGUUCCCAUGUUGGGACGAGCCCAUCUACAAGGCGAAAUUCAACAUUAGUUUGACAUACAAUAAGACAUUUCGAGCGAUUUCUAAUACGGACGUACUGAAAGAAGAAGAAAAUGAUGGGAUGAUGACUACUUUUUUCAAAGAAACCCCACUGAUGUCUACUUAUUUGGUAGCAUUCGUGGUAAGCGAAUAUCAAUUUAAGGAAGAUAAAGUCGGCAACUUCACCUAUAGGGUGUGGACGAAAAAGAGCGCAAUAGACUGGGUUGACUACGCUUUGACAAUGGGUAGGAAGCUUCUGGAACAGCUGAACUUGUACACGAAUAUUUCAUACCAGACAUACAUGCCAGACAAAAUAGAUCAAAUCUCGCAGAAGGAUUUCUUGGCCGGCGCUAUGGAGAAUUGGGGCCUCUUGAUUUAUAGAGAGGAAACUCUUCUUUACGACAAGACUUUCUUCACAAUCCGCUCGAAGCUGACUGUACUCACGGUCAUCGCUCACGAGUUCACUCAUCAAUGGUUCGGUAAUCUCGUCACCCCAAAAUGGUGGAAGUAUCUUUGGUUGAACGAGGCAUUCGCCACCUAUUUCCAGUACAUCAUUACUCACAAAAUAGUACCUGAAUUGCGAUUGAACGAUAUAUUCGUCGUGGAGAGCAUGCAAGAGAACGCGAUGGUUACUGAUGGGGUUCCGUAUGCACGUCCCAUACAUCAGGAAGUGAUCACUCCUCAACACAUUAGUGAUCUCUUCGACGUCAUCGCCUACCACAAAGGUAAAGAAAAGAAAAGUAAAGGACAUCGUUUUAAUCUCGAUUAGAUAUCUGAAAAGACAGGUAAAUACAUAAAUUUGAACGGUAAAGGCAAUCGUGACGGUUUUAUUUCACGUCAAGUAAACAGAAAUAUGGGAUCAAGGAACAAACACCGCUAGGUAUCAAAUUUGCGAC